AAAAACCCUAGCAAAUUGCAUCUAUGCAAGUCAAAUCAAUGAUGUCGUUCCAAGUAGCAACUCUUGUAGCUUUACUAGCAAUCGGGGCAUUUUCCAUGCCCCAAAAACAAACCUUCUCCCACGAGGGAGUCGGCUACGCCGUCCUGAACCACACAGUACAACCGGCACCCGACGGUUGCACCAUCAACAGCGUAAAAGACGUCGCCUCGGUUUGUGCCGCUUGCACCAAAAUCAACGUCGGUUCAUUUUCGGUACCAGCCGCCAAUCAACCCUUGAUCAUGAACCUCAAACAAGGUACCACUGUGACGUUUACCGGCACAAUUAAAUUUGACAAACACGCAGUCAACGGGUAUUUAAUGGAAAUUAUUGGUACUAAAGUUAAUGUUGUUGGAUCAAACACUCAUCAAUUGCACGGUCGAGGCGAACAGUACUGGGACGGAAAAGGUGGUGCCGGUGGUCCCAAACCCACUUUCUUGUACCUUAAAGCAACCGGCGGUUCUCAUUUUGCAGGCUUGCACCUGAAGAAUUGUCCCGAAAGGUGUGUAGCUAUCGAUGGUUCCAACGACAUUACGGUUUCUGGAUUUUUGGUCGAUAACCGUGAAGGAGAACCUGGUAAGGCACCCAAAGGCAAAGAAGGUCACAACACGGACGGUUUCGACGUGGCCAAGACCCAAUACCUCACUUUGAAAGACCACGUGGUCUACAACCAAGACGAUUGCGUCGCCAUCAACUGCGGCGCCCACAUGACAAUCGACAACGUCAACUGUGACGGUAGUCACGGCUUUGACAUUGCGACCGGCAUGUCAAAAACCGACCAGGCCCGAAACAUCGUCAACAACGUCACGUUUAAAAACUCUAAACUAUUCAACGGCAUGUACGGUUUGCACAUCUUGACUUGCAACGACGGCGGUAAAGGAUCCGUUUCUAACAUCAAUUAUGAAAAUAUUAGCAUCCAGGGUCCAUCCGAUUAUGGUAUAAUGAUUCAACAAGACUUCUCUGACAAGUCGCAAGGUUCCACAGGUCAUCCCACUGGUAACGUGCCAAUUUCCAACGUCAGGUUCAACGCGGUUACCGGUAACAUGAAUGGAAAGUACUCGUCGGCUUUGACCAUCAGAUGUGCUUCGGGUGCCUGCAAUAAUAUCGGCCUCAACAAUGUCAAGAUUACAGGAGCUAAGGCUAAAAACGAGUGUACCGGGUACAAAGUCAAUGGAUUUUGUUGAUCCAAAAUGUAAUUGAAUUUGAAUAAAUAAGUAUGAGUAUUUAAGAUGUGUUUUUA